UGCGACUUCCGAGCCCGCCACGUCCAUCUCUACCACUCAACUGCUCGUGACACACCUCGCGCAUCUCUCAGGCAUCAGGCAUCAUCCUAGAGCUUCGGUCUCGAGUCUAUAUCGGCUCAGGUCGUCAGCCCACUGACUCAACCUCCAUUCGAACCAGAAGCCUGAAUUCUACUGCCGUCCUGUGCGCAUGACUGUUGUUAGUGGGCUGUGUCGCGAUUUAUAAUCUGGCACGACUAGUACAACAUAUAAUCCAGUGGCACGUUACACAUACUUGAAGCCUAAGGCGGCCUCCUUGCUACUGUGGAUAUUCUUCAGCUCGUACUGGUACUCAACCUGCGCCCAUUUCUAUCUAAACAUACGUCGACAUGGCCGGAAGCGCAUUGAACCUGCCAAAAUGGCUCAAAGACAACUCCCACCUCUUGCAGCCUCCCAUCAACAACUACUGCGUCUAUCAUCCUUCCUCGCCGGCGACGAGCGGGCUGACGGUCAUGGUGGUUGGAGGCCCGAAUGCGCGGACCGACUACCACAUCAACACCACGCCCGAGUUCUUCUACCAGCACAAGGGCUCCAUGUUGCUGAAGACGAUGGAUACUUCGACAGAUCCCCAUACGCCCGUUGACAUCCCCAUCCAUGAGAACUCGCUGUUCCUCCUGCCCGCCAACACACCUCAUAACCCGGUAAGAUUUGCAGAUACAGUCGGGAUCGUCCUGGAACAACCGCGGCCGGAGGAUUCGGUUGACACAAUGAGGUGGUAUUGCAAGAACUGUCAUCACAUUGUGCACGAAGCAAGCUUCCACUUGACCGACCUCGGGACUCAAAUCAAGGAAGGGGUCCUGGCUUUUGAGAAUGACAUGGAGGCCAGGACCUGUAAGAACUGCGGGACCGUGGCCUCUUCCAGACCAGCAGAGGGAGAAAUCCAGCAACCACCGAGGUUUCCGCCAGACGAGUAGCCUGUCUGACUCCGAUUUCCCCGUAGGUUCAUGUUCAUUCCGCUGCAGGCACUGCAGGGCGGUCAGCUGCUCCGGCAGCAUGUAUCAAUACAUCAGUCUUCUCAUUUGAAAUCUGUUGCAGGACCUGCUCCGCCACUUUCAGUGCCGCCGGGGGCAAGCCCGCGAGUUUGGCUACCUUCAAAGCGUGUGAUUGCCGGUUGAUCCCCUUCUUCAGGCGAUGCAUGAAUGCAAAAGAACCACUUUCGUCUUCCAAUACAUCAGUGCAAUAGCACGCUAACCGUGGCCAGUCCCGGGUCAUGUCUGCCAAAGCGUGGAAAUGUGUUGCAAACAAAGUCCGGCACUUGUUGACGUGGUACAGGUGGUGUAGACUAGCAUAGCCCACAGCCGUCCCAUCCUCGGGAGUCGUGCCACGUCCUACCUCAUCCAUGAUCACAAAGGACCGUGGAGUGGCGUGCUUCAGAAUCGCAGCAGUCUCCAGCAUCUCCACCAUGAACGUGGACUGGUCGCGAAACAGGUCGUCGGCAGCACCGAUGCGACUGAAGAGCUGGUCCACAAUCCCGAGCUCGGCAUACGUCGCAGGCACAUAUGACCCAGUCUGUGCAAGGAUCGUGAUCAACGCGUUCUGCCUGAGAAACGUACUUUUGCCGCCCAUAUUAGGCCCAGUCACUAACCAUACCCGCUCGCUGUGGUCGAGCACAAGAUUAUUGCUGACAAAAGACCGGCCUUGUUCCUCCAGACCGAGUUUCACCAUAGGAUGUCUUCCCCCAAUGAUCUUGUGCUCCGUGCCGUUGUUGAGAAUUGGGCGAACCCACGAUUGCUCUUUGGCCAGCGUGGCAAAAGCACUGGCGACAUCCAGCUCGUCCAUGAUUGAUGCGUUUCGGCGUAGCUUGACCAGAUUCUGAAUAACAAGUUCUCUCAACGACGCAAAGAUUCUUUUCUCUUCCUCCCUGAUAUUGAGUAUCGC